UUCGACGGUUUAACCCCGUUGGAUGGUUACUGAUUUGUUUUUUGCCAAAAUUUUCAGCAAUAGUUAAAACGCUUCUCUCGAUCCCCGUCUCUGCUUCAUGAUUCUGUGAUUCCUCUCAAGUUUGUAUAUCUGGGUUUUGAUCCUUUCUAGCCUCUACAAAUUCAUGUUUUUGUUUUCCUUCUGGGCAUUUAAAGGCCCUUUAUUAUUAAACUCUGUAGCGGUUUUGCAAAAGCUUUGAGUUUUCAAAUACCAAAUAUACUCGUUUGUUUCUAUAUGAUUAUUGUAUAAUGGCGGUUUCAAUUGUGUGUAAUAAUUGUAUAUAGUCCAAUCAAAGUGAGCUUCUUCCCCUACUUCAUAAGGUAAAAGGAUAGGGACACAUUAGGUUUGCAGUGCUGGUAAUCUGAGGAUGUAUUGCAAUUUCAAGGAGCAUGCUGCUGAGUAUGUUAAGCAGGCAGUUCGUGAGGAUGAUGCUGGAAACUAUAAGAAGGCAUUUACUCUUUAUAUGAAUGCUUUGGAAUACUUAAGGGCCCAUUUGAAGUAUGAGAAGCACCCCAAGAUCAAGGAGACAAUAACUCUGAAAUUUGCUCAAUACUUGAGAAGGGCUGAGGAGAUUCAAGCCAUUCUUGAUGCGGGUGGUGGUGAAGCAAACUUGAAUAGAGAUGCCGCGGCUGGUUCUGUGAGACCAAAGACAAAGACAAGUGGGGGAGGAGAGAAAGACAAGGAGGAUCCUGAGCAAGCAAAGUUGAAGUCUGCUCUUGAUUCUGUUAUAAUCAAAGAAAAACCAAAUGUCAGAUGGAGUGAUAUCGCAGGCCUCGAGAGUGCUAAACAGGCAUUACAAGAGGCUGUUAUAUUGCCUGCUAAGUUCCCACAAUUUUUCACUGGUAAGAGACAACCAUGGAGAGCAUUUCUGUUGUAUGGUCCACCUGGAACAGGGAAAUCAUACUUAGCAAAGGCAGUUGCGACAGAAGCAGACUCUACAUUUUUCAGUGUUUCAUCAUCAGAUCUUGUUUCUAAGUGGAUGGGUGAGAGUGAAAAGCUGGUUGCAAGUCUUUUCCAAAUGGCUAGAGACAAUGCUCCUUCAAUUAUUUUUAUUGAUGAAAUAGAUUCUUUAUGUGGUCAACGAGGUGAAGGCAACGAAAGUGAAGCAUCUCGAAGAAUUAAAACUGAACUUUUAGUGCAAAUGCAGGGUGUGGGAAACAAUGAUCAGAAAGUUCUCAUUCUUGCAGCCACAAAUACUCCUUAUGCACUGGAUCAGGCUAUUCGGAGACGCUUUGACAAACGCAUAUACAUCCCUCUCCCAGACCUGAAGGCAAGGCAGCACAUAUUUAAGGUGCAUCUUGGAGAUACUCCUCAUAAACUCACUGAAAAAGAUUUUGAAGAAUUGGCACAAAAGACAGAUGGAUUUUCUGGCUCAGAUAUAGCUGUUUGUGUUAAGGAUGUACUAUUUGAACCUGUCCGGAAAACACAAGAUGCUAAGUUCUUCAGAAAAACCUCUAAAGGAAUGUGGGUUCCUUGUGAACCUACUCGGCGAGGAGCUGUUAAUGUUAGCCUGGAGGAACUUGAUGCGCAGGGCCAUGCUUCAAAGAUUCUUCCACCACCCAUCACUAGAACAGAUUUUGAUAAAGUACUAGCAAGACAAAAACCAACAGUAAGCAAGGCUGAUCUCAAGGUGCAUGAGAGAUUCACUCAAGAGUUCGGGGAGGAGGGAUGACCUCUAUUGUUUAUGAAGUCAUAUAUACAUAUUGUUAGUUAUGGUUACACACUGUACAAACUGUUUAUAGUCUAGAUCCAAGACGAAAACAUAAAGAUGUAAAUUGUUAUCAUGACAAAGACUGAAAGGCCAAAAUGUAUUUUAAGCAUGGCCUAGUCAUGGAUUCGGUUGGGAUGUUAGAUCACCUGGUUUAAUCGGUUGAAUUAAAUACAUACGUAAAUAUGUAACAAGACAUAGGCUCUGGUGCACCAUUUUAGGAUGUGGUCUAUAGUGCACCACCUUUAUUCACAAUUGAAUAUCUCUAAAAGUUUCUAGUAAUAUCAUGCACCAACCAUACUUGAUUAUUCCUCCAA